GUACUGAUUUUUCUUUUUAUUUAAUUUUUGUAAAUAAAAAUAUGGAAAACAAGAAAAAAAAAAAAAAAAAGGCAGCUCUUAUAUGUAUGUAUCGCUCACAUCACAGAGAGAGAGAGAGAAGAAAUGGCGGAGCUGGAGAGCCCAAAUGUGAUGCCGAAGCUGAUCAGUUUCCUCUCCUCUCUCCUUCAACGCGCGGCGGAGUCGAACGAUCUGAACCCUUCGUUUCAGGCGCAGAAAAUCUCAGUGUUCCACGGCCUCACGCGGCCGACGAUUUCGAUCGAGAGCUAUCUAGAGAGGAUUUUCAAGUACGCCAACUGCAGCCCUUCCUGCUACAUUGUCGCCUACGUCUACCUCGAUCGCUUCACGCAGCGCCACCCUGCUCUCCCCCUCAAUUCCUUCAAUGUUCACAGACUGCUCAUCACCAGCGUCAUGCUCUCUGCCAAAUUCAUGGACGACAUGUAUUACAACAAUGCAUAUUAUGCUAAAGUAGGAGGGAUCAGCACAACAGAGAUGAACUUUCUAGAAGUAGAUUUUCUAUUUGGAUUGGGGUUCCAUUUGAAUGUAACUCCGGCAACUUUCCACACAUAUUGCUCCUACCUCCAGAGGGAGAUGAUGGUGCAGCCUCAGCUCAACAUCGCCGACGAAUCGUCUCUAUAUUCUGCAAGAUCAUCAAAGCUACUCCAUUUGUGUUUUAAUGAAGAUGAGGCAUCUCAUCAACAGCAGCAGCUUGCUGUUUAAGACUUAAUUACUCUGCUCUUUUUUUUUUUUUCCUUUUUCUUUUACUGUAGCUUAGGUUAGGAAAUUAGUUAAAUUUAAUCAAGUCAUUUAAUGCCCAUUUCACUGUAUUUUUGGCCUUAUUGGUUAUGUUGUCACUGUUAUCUCUUGUUGUGGAAAUGUAUGUUUCUGGGGAAUAUUUGGAAUGUACAGUUGGUUUGUUUCUUCUUCA